CGCCGUCUCGCAAAGCAUCACGACCAGGUCAGAAAGAGAGGUGGUGUGCGAUUGGAUUGAAUGAUUCCCCUCCCUGCUCGUGCCGAAUUGGGAAUCGCGGUAGGAUUCAGGCCCCCUUGCCCAUUGUUGAGCUUCACUCACCCACCGUAGGAUGCAAGAAGCAAUGCUGCCAUCACCCAGCACAGUGCAGCAGCGUCGCAUUGCCAGAGAUUGCCAUGCCUGCGCUGCGGUGUUGUAGGGUUUCAUUCGCAGGUGCAGGAUUAUCAUCCCCCACCUCUUUCGAAUCAACAUCUUGGUGUGACGAGGAAUUCGUAAUGGCUUGCGCGCCUCUCAGUAGCACAUGCUCAAUCAACAGUACACACAUGGGUACAGCACAUCCAUGCAACUCUACCCGCGAGGAGGUCCAGAAAUCAUGUGAAUCACGAGAAUUCGAAUACGUGCUUCAAAUGAAACCUGUUCAGGACACGCUUGACAAUGAGGGGAUGUAUCACGGACAUUCAAUGCUCGCGCCUUUUACAUCUGGGAGUCAACAGAUGGAAACUGAGCCUCUGAUCAUCGCUAAGGGCGAGGGCGUCUAUGUCUGGGAUCGCAAUGGCAAAAAGUACUUGGAUGCUUUGGCGGGCCUUUGGUGUGCCUCUAUGGGGUUCAGUGAAAAACGGCUUAUGAACGCGGCGUGGAAUCAGAUGACCCAGUUGCCCUUCUACCAUUCCUUUUGGAACCGGACAUCACAACCGCCCCUUGACUUGGCGAAGGAGCUAAUUGACAUCUUCAAGCCUGUCAAGAUGGGUAAAGUGUUCUUCUGUAAUACUGGCUCCGAGGCCAAUGAUACUCAGGUGAAAUUGGCCUGGUAUUACAACAAUGCAUUAGGAAGAGAGAAAAAGAAGAAAAUCAUUUCACGUCACUCAUCGUAUCAUGGCUCGACAAUGUCAGCUGCCAGUCUUUCAGGAUUGACUCCCCUUCACACCGGUUUUGAUUUACCUGCAAGUUACGUGUUACACACAGACUGUGCUCACUAUUGGCGGUAUCAUCUACCAAAUGAGAGCGAAGAAGAUUAUUCUUCAAGAUUGGCAGACAAUCUUGAGAAGUUAAUACUGAAAGAAGGUCCCGACACUAUAGCAGCUUUCAUUGCAGAACCCCUAAUGGGUGCUGGCGGCGUCAUUCCUCCACCAGCAACAUAUUGGGACAAAAUUCAGCCGAUUUUGAAGAAGUACGAUGUUCUUUUAAUUGCAGAUGAGGUAAUCUGCGCAUUCGGAAGACUUGGAACUAUGUUUGCGUGUGAAAAGUAUAAUAUCAAACCUGAUCUUCUCACAAUAGCCAAGCAACUGUCAUCUGGAUACAUGCCGAUAUCAGCAGUUCUUCUUGGACAGCACAUAUUUGACGUUUUGGCUAAACAAAGCAAUAGAUUAGGUACAUUUGGACAUGGGUUUACAUACGGUGGCCACCCAGUGGCAUGCGCAGUGGCUCUGGAGACGCUGCGGAUUUACAAGGAGACAGAUAUACUUGCUCACGUCAACGAAGUAGCAGCAAUCUUUCAGACGGAAAUGAGGAAGUUUGCCUCCAGCUCCAUCAUUGGAGAGGUGAGAGGCGAGGGAUUGGUUCUUGGAAUCGAGUUUGUUAGUAACAAGGAGACUAAGGAAAGCUUUCCUGUUGACUGGGGAGUGGGAGAGUACUUCUCAGGGCAGUGCACUGCUUUAGGAAUGCUGGUACGCUUCGCAGGGAAUAACAUAAUGUACUCACCACCACUUAUCAUCACAACCGAUGAAAUCAAGGAGAUCGUGAGGAUGUCAGCUGCAGCGUUGAAGGCUACCGAGAUAUAUGUUUUGGAGCUGCAGGUGAACGCACAGAUAUGAGGACUGAUCAAACCCACAGAAAUAUUCAUCACACAUCUCUCCCGUCACUAGAGUACUACAGCCCUCUCAUGUCGACUCACACUAUCUAUGAAGUACCGGCUGUCCACUCGAGCUUGUUCAGGUACCAAGCUUCAUGAUGCAGAUGUGAAUCUCAUCAAUGUGCACCUAAUAAACAAGUGGCUGUACACAUCAUUCUUAGUGACGUAUACCACAAAAGAAAGAAAGAAAAACCCUAAUACCUACUAGGAGGAACACUGGGGUUAAUCGAAAACUAGAAAAUGUACACAUUUUCAGCUUUUGACAGUGUUUAAUAACACACAAAGAAAUGUACAGUUUACGCUCUCAUGAGCAAGUUUUCUUAUCCUGUUUAAAAAAACCAGUGUCUUCAAGUUU